GCACUCUCAAGGACAAGAUAGAGGAGUUUGGUGCUUUUCAGGAGGACCUUUGUGCUGCUUUGGGCGAACAGGUGGUGAAAGGCUUGGAAUACCUGCACGAGCAGCAGGUCCUGCACCGAGAUUUAAAGUGCAGCAACCUUCUGCUCGAUGUCUCGGGCAGAGUCAAAAUUUCCGACUUUGGUUGUUCACGCUGGAUCGCAAAGGAGGUCCUGGCGAUGUCUUUGGUCGGAAGUCCAUUCUGGCUCCCACCCGAGCUGCUCAUCGGUGCUCCCUACGACCAGAGUGCCGACAUUUGGUCUUUCGGCUGCUCUGUCAUCGAACUCUUGACGGCUCUGCGACCUUGGGCAACCCAGGUCACUGCCGACAAUCCCCUCGCUGCUGCGCAUCAGAUUCGUGUCCUGACGGAGAAGGGAGAGAGGCCCUCGCUCCCAGAGUCUUCCAUGUACGUCUCGGAGCCUUGUCGCGACUUCCUCUACACUGCCUGCCUGCGCUGCACAGCCACGGAGAGACUCGCGGCCAAAGAUCUCCUGCAGCAUCCAUGGCUGCGCCGCAAAUGA